AAAAUGAUAACGGUUGAUUGAAGUUGUUGAUGAUAAAUUAAGUGACUAAAAUGGUAUUUGUAACAGUGGAAUUAUUAAUUGUUACCAUAUCACUGUUAUCAAUAAUUUACUACUACAAGUGGUUAACAUGUUACUUUGAUUUUUGGAAAAUACGUAAUGUAAAUGGACCAAAGCCAAUACCACUACUUGGUAAUGUACUUGAUCUUGUGACAUUUAAAUAUUCAAUUGGUUGUUUUCUUCGUAAAAUUUAUAACGAAUAUAAUAAUGAAAAAAUAGUUGGUUUAUUUGUAAAUCGUCGACCAGCAUUAAUGAUAAAUGACAUGGAUUUAAUUAAAUCAAUAUUAAUAAAAGAUUUUUCAAGUUUCAUGGAUCGUGGAUAUGGUACACAUGAAAAGACCGAUCCAUUGACAAUGCAUUUAUUUAAUUUAGAGCCAGCAAGGUGGCGACCAUUAAGAGCUAAAUUAACACCAGCAUUUACAUCGGGAAAAUUACGUGAAAUGUUUUAUUUAUUAAUCGAGUGUUCUGAUCAACUUGAUGAUUAUUUAAAUAAAUAUAAUGGCAAAAUUGUUGAUAUGCGUGAAAUAUCUGGUAAAUUUACACUUGAUGUGAUUGGUGUAUGUGCAUUUGGUCUACAAGCAAAUGCUCUUGAUGAUACUGAUAGUUCAUUCAAUACAAUGGCUAAAAGAAUAUUUGAUCCAAAUUGGAAAAAUUUAUUAAAAUUUGGAUUACGAUGUUUUUCAUCACCUUAUUUAUAUAAUAUAAUUGGUACUCUAUUAACGGACUAUGAGUUGUUUAAUUUUUUUAUAAAUCUUACUAAAAAUACAAUUGAUUAUAGAAUUAAAAAUAAUGUUACAAAACAUGAUUUUGUUGAUCAAUUGAAAAUGCUCAAGGAGGAUCCAAGUAAGCUAGGAGAUAUUGAAGUAACAGAUAGCUUUCUUGCUGCUCAAUUAUUUAUAUUUUUUUUGGCUGGCUAUGAAUCAUCAUCUUCAACAAUAAGUAAUUGUCUUCUCGAACUUGCUAUGAAUCAUAAAAUUCAAGAAAAAUUACGCAAUGAAAUAAAUAAUGAACUUGAAAAAUCAAAUGGAAAAAUAACUUAUCAAGGAAUUAAAAAUAUGUUUUAUUUGGAUAAAAUAUUUAAAGAGACAAUUAGAAAAUAUCCACCAUUAACACAAAUAAUGAGAGUGUCAACAACGUCAUAUACAUUUCCAGAUACAAAUAUAUCUAUACCAGAAAAUACAGUGAUAUGGAUACCAGUAUAUGCAAUACAUCAUGAUCCAAAAUAUUAUCCAGAUCCAGAUAAAUUUGAUCCAGAAAGAUUUAGUGAUAAAGUUAUUAGAAGUCGUCAUCCAAUGUCUUUCCUCGGCUUUGGUGACGGACAACGUAAUUGCAUUGGUGCAAGGUUUGGAACAAUGCAGACAAAAGUUGGAAUUGUAAAAAUACUUGAAAAAUACACUGUUGAUAUUUGUGAUAAAACUGAUAAAAAUUUCAAGAUUGAUCCGCGUGGUUUUUUAUUAACUCCGGAGAAUGGAAUUUAUUUAAAAAUAAUAAAAAACGUCAUUGUUUUUUUUUCACUCAUUAAAUUACGUGUCAAAUUGUUAAAUCACUUGGUACUAAUAAUGAUACUGGAAAUAAUUGCUGGUCUAUUUGUCUUGAUGCUAAUUAUUUACAAAUGGUCGAUUUCAAGUUUUACAUUUUGGAGUGAUCGUGGUGUAACAGGACCAGCACCAACAGCACUUGUUGGAAAUCUUGGUGAUGUAAUACGUGGAAAACAAUCAAUUGGUGAUUGUUUAAAAAAAUAUUAUGAUGAUAAUAGUGAUUUACCAUGUGUUGGAUUAUUCUUUAGACGUGAACCAGUAUUAUUAAUAAGAAGUUUAGAUCUAGUUAAAGAUGUUCUUAUAAGUGAUUUUUCAAAAUUUUCUGAUAGAGCACUAAAAACAUAUGAAAAAGCUGAUCCAUUAUCACAAAAUUUAUUAGCACUUGAAACAAAACGAUGGCGUCCACUUAGACAUAAAUUAUCACCGGUGUUUACAUCUGGAAAAUUAAAAGAUAUGUUUUAUCUAUUAUUAAAUUGUGGUGAUAUGUUACAAAAAUAUAUGGACAAUGUUAUUGAUAAAAAUAAUAUUAUUGAAGCACGUGAUUUAACAGCAAGAUAUACAACUGAUGUCAUUGGCACAUGUGCUUUUGGAUUAGAUAUGAAAGCAAUGGAAUGUGAAAAUGAUAGUGAAUUUCGUCAAAUGGGUAAAGAAGUAUUUAAAUUUACUUGGAAAAAAAUUUUUCUAUUUCAAAUGAGAGAAAUCAUUCCAUCAGUCUAUGAAUUUUUAGCACCAAUUGUUAAAAAUCAUGGUAUUACAAAUUUUUUUAUUAAAAUAAUGAAUGAUACAAUGACUUAUAGACGUGAAAAUAAAAUAUAUCGACAUGAUUUUUUGGAUUAUCUUAUGGAAAUUAAAGAUAAUCCUGAAAAAUUGCCUGAGAUUAAAUUAACUGAUGAAUUGUUAGCUUCACAAUUAUUUAUAUUUUUUUCUGCUGGGUUCGAAACAUCGUCUUCAACAAUGGCAAAUAUGCUUUAUGAACUUGCCCAGCAUCAUGAUUAUCAAGAUAAACUUAGAGAAGAAAUACGAGAUACUUUGUCUGCCAAUGGAAAAUUAACAUAUGAUUCAGUGAAAAAUAUGAAAUUUUUAGACAUGAUAUUUAAAGAGACACUGAGAAAGUAUCCAAUAGGAACCAUGCUCAGUCGAAAAUCUACAUCUGAAUAUACAUUUUCUGGAACAAAUAUAAAAAUUCCAAAAAACACAGCUAUCGUUAUUGCAACUCAAGGGAUUCAUUUCGAUCCAAAAUUAUAUAAAAAUCCAGAAAUAUUUAAUCCGUAUAAUUUUACUGAUGAGGCAAUUAAAUCAAGGCAUCCAAUGAGUUUUCAAGCUUUUGGAGAUGGUCCAAGGAAUUGCGUUGGUGCACGAUUUGCCUAUCAACAAUCAAAAGUUGGAAUCAUCAAAAUGCUAGAAAAAUAUUAUGUAGAUGUUUGUGAAAAAACAGAAAUUCCAUACAAGGUCAAUCCAAAAGGUUUUCUACUUGCUCCACUAAAUGGAAUUUAUCUUAAAUUUACAAAGAUUUAAAAAAUAAAUUAAAAACAAUUUUCCCUUUUCU